AUUCUCCAAUUCAUCCAAUUUCCCCCAAAUCUCAAACCCUAGAAAAACUCAAAAACUCCCAAAUUCCCCGUAUUUUCAAUGGCACCAAAGGCAGAGAAGAAGCCGGCCGAGAAGAAACCGGCAGAGGAGAAGAAAACUCCGGCAGCCGAGAAAGCACCGGCGGAGAAGAAGCCAAAAGCCGGGAAGAAACUCCCGAAAGAAGCCGGAGCAGGUGCAACGGACAAGAAGAAGAAGCGAACGAAGAAGAGCGUUGAGACGUAUAAGAUCUACAUCUUCAAGGUGCUGAAACAGGUGCAUCCGGAUAUCGGAAUCUCGAGCAAAGCUAUGGGGAUCAUGAACAGUUUUAUUAAUGAUAUUUUUGAGAAGCUUGCUCAGGAGAGCUCGAGGCUUGCUAGGUAUAACAAGAAGCCGACGAUUACCAGUAGGGAGAUUCAGACUGCUGUGAGGCUUGUGCUUCCUGGUGAAUUGGCUAAGCAUGCUGUUUCUGAAGGGACGAAGGCGGUUACCAAGUUUACGAGCUCUUGAGUGGUUGUUCGUGGUUUCGAGUGUCAGUAGUUAUGUUGAUGAUUUUAACUUUUAGUUCAAGUGUUUUAGGGUCUGUAAUUUGUUUUUAAUGCUCUUGAUUUGAUCGGUUUGAAGAAUAUGUAUUAAGAAGAAUUUAAGAUAUCUAUAGUUUAUUAUUUUGUCUA